CACUUUUAUCUAAAACAGCUCAUGCUGUUGAGCGAGAAUUUAAAGUACUUGACGCGUUAGGCCGUAACACUGAUGUACCUGUGCCAAAAGUGUAUCUUCUUUGUGAAGAUAGUGAAAUAUUAGGAACACCAUUUUAUCCAUCAGGAUUCUAUUCUCGACAAAUUCAUUCAUUGUUCAAAGUUUCAGAAGCCCAGGCUGCUACAAUGGAUGAUAAAGGUAAUAAAGUAGGCUCUCUUCCAAGACUCAAUGACAUGAUUCAAUGGUUUAAAAAUAAUGAAAUUUUGGAUGAUACAUCUAUUAUUCAUGGGGAUUUUAAGGUCUUUCAUCCAACCGAAUCACGAGUUAUCGGAAUAUUAGAUUGGGAACUUUCAACUAUAGGCCAUCCACUUUCUGAUCUUGCAAACCUGUUAAUGAAUUUUUUUACCAAGGACCUUCCUGGUUCCCCUAUAACUGGCUUACGUGAUGUUAAAAAUUUACCAAUUCCAUCAGCUAAUGAAUUAAUUCAAGCUUAUUGUGAAAAAUCUGGUCGACAGUAUCCAAUACCGAAUUUUGAAUUUGCUAUCGCGUUUACAUUUUUUCGGACCGCUGUUAUCUUGCAAGGAAUUGCUGCACGUAUAGCCCGUAAACAAGCCAGUUCUGCUAAAGCAAAUGCUUAUGCUAAAGGUUUUAAAGAUUUUGCUUUAAUGGGUCUUGAAAUUAUUGAUCGUUACGAGACCAAGAACAAAUUAUAA